UUUUUUUUUUUUGCUGAGGCAGUUGGGGUCAAGUGACUUGCCCAGGGUCACACAGCUAGGAAGUGUUAAGUGUCUGAGGGUAGAUUUGAACUCGGGUCCUCUUCAGGGCUGGUGCUCUAUCCCCUGCGCCCCCUAGCUGCCUCCUUUAUAGCCAUUCUAUAAAAAAGAAAGCUUGAGGUUGAGGGGAUCAGUGAUUUGCCCAUGAUCACAUAACAAGUAAAUGUUUAGAAAGGUAUUUAAAAACAUUGUACAGUGGAAAGAAGAUAUGGGGUGUGGAGUUAGGGGACCUGGUUUCAACCUCAGCCCUGCUUCUUGUUACUUGUAUGAAUUGGAGAAGCUCAUGGCCUCUUAGAUCCUUCAUUCCCUCAUCUGUUAAAUAAGGACGUUUGAUUAGCUGACUGGUCAGAUCCCUUACAUUUCUUCAAUCUUUUGUCUUAUGAACAGGCCUUCUAACUCCAUGGCUCAUUAGCUGGAAGCAAAUACUGUUUAUCUUGUUAGCUGAUAACUGAUGAGUAAAGAUGUUAUGCUUCCCGGGGUACUAGAAAGAAGAAAAAAGUCUUCAAAACCUCAAAGGGAAAAAAAAAAGUUUUGAAAUAAGAGGGCCUGAGUUUGAAUCCUGACUACUACUUGGGACCUCUGUGAUUUGUAUGGUCACUCAACUUCAGUGGGCCUUAGCUGGGAUUAUUAGAUAACGAUUCUAUUAAUUUUAAGCAUCAGGUAGUAGAGCCCUCAGAUUGGUACAAAGAAAUUUGGGGGUAGGUGGACCUUCUUACUGCCAUUAAAAUCAUAGCCACAGGCAGAGGUUAAGGCUCUGGUGGGGGCAGCAUAUAGUGAAUGCUCUGGGAAGUCUAGGUAUAUGGAUUUACAGGGAUUACAACAGAGGAGGAAGGAGGGUUGUUGGUGUGGUUCUUGAUAAGUAUUUCCUGCCAUUUUAUGUAUUCUUGUUUUACACACUGUAUAAUGGAACCAUGGCCAUUUUUAGGUGAAAUGUCUGAAAAGCUAAGAAGAUGCAGAAAGGAGCUGACAGCAGCUAUUGACCGUGCAUUUGAAGGCAUCAGUCAUUCUCAAGAGUGUCCAAGUCAACAAAAACCAGACUUGGAUACAUCACCUUCUUCCUUCACUAUUCAGAUGAAUAAACUUCUUUGCAGGAGAUAUCCUUCUACCACUUCCUAUGUUGGUCAGUUUGCUCCUGUUUCCUGUGCUCCUGAAAAUGAGAACCCUGUCUUUGUACCAAACCAUAUUCCAGUAAAUAUGAAGCCACAUACUUUAUGCCCCAAAAGAAAACCUUUGACCAGCAAGGAAAAUGUGUUGAUACAUUCCUCGAUUUUUGUACCUGAAAGGCAGUUUCUGAGAGCCACUGGAGAUGGGGAAAGUUGGAGAAAGGAAAGUUUAAGGAAGGAUGUGGAUAGAUAUUUGAAGGUUGAAGCCAACGUUCCUCUCAACAAUUCCAACCAAGAAAUCACAAAGGAUCUACUUGAUAUGAUUGACCACACAAGCAUCCGAACUAUUGAAGAAUUGGCUGGAAAGCUAGAAUUUGAAAAUGAAUUAAAUCGAGUUUGCAGUCGUUCAGAAGAUUCUCCCUUUAAAGAGGAAGUCCUGGCACUCUUCAUGGAUGAGAGUCCACACAAGGCCACAGAAGCAGAAGCAAGCUGCCUAAAGCCAACUUUUGAUGAUCAGAAUAUCAUAGAAACAGUCCUGGAUUUGGAAGAGGACUAUAAUUUGAUGACCUCUUUUAAAUACCAUAUUAAGUAAGAAUAGUUCAUUUUAGCUUAGCUUUUCCCUUUGAUUUUUGUGGUGCUCAGAACUAUCUGGGAAGGCACAAGGGCUCCUUCAGGAGUGUCUUGGAUACUGCCAUGGAAGUUCCUGGACUUUUUCUUGCCAGGUCUUCUCAUUCCUAGCCUCCUUCCACCCGAGUUUAGUUUUUAUAUUUUUCAGGAGUGUUUUUCUUACUCUUAGUUUUGCUUACUUUCCUCAGUACCUUAAAUCUGUUUCCUGAUUAUAAAUACAGCUAGUGCCCAAGGGCCUGUGA